AUGGUGGUAACCAGCAUCAACGCACGGGGCAUUGAGGGAACGAGCUUUUCGGACGGCCCAGCUGCUGUGGUCCCCCCCUGCACGCUCAUUCAGAAGCUCUUUAUUGGGGAAGAAGUGCCAGAGGGGUCGGGCAAGAAGCAAAAGACAGUGAUUCUCUUCUUCCACUGUAUUCCCCGCAUGCCGGGGCAAAGCCGCCUCAUCUGGUUCUUCCUCAACAAUGUUCUCCCCCCUUGGGUGCCCAUGCCUCCCGAGUGGUUUGUGCACUUCACUCGGAUGAAAGUGCUCGACACCGACCACGUGUUACUGCACCUCACGUGCUCGACACCGACCACGUGUUACUGCACCUCACGGUACGUCUCUCCACGGCACCACCUUAUUGCGCUCGUGGGUGCUGCUGCGUCCCGAGUGGUUUGUGCACUUCACUCGGAUGAAAGUGCUCGACACCGACCACGUGUUACUGCACCUCACGGUACGUCUCUCCACGGCACCACCUUAUUGCGCUCGUGGGUGCUGCUGCGUCCCGAGUGGUUUGUGCACUUCACUCGGAUGAAAGUGCUCGACACCGACCAUGUGUUACUGCACCUCACGGAGAGGCGGUUGGAGGAGGAGGGAGGGGCGGUGCAGGGAAUAAAGAGCUACUACACUCCCACAUCGGCCGACUCGUUCGUCUCGGCGUAUCGCUCCUGGCUGACCAGGUUUGCGGGCAGCAAAGCCCGCUUUCCUGCCUACGUGGAUCCGAAGCUGCCUCCUGCCAAGUCCCGACAGGAGAUUCUUGACAGGCAGCUCCACGUGCGGCUGUGCCCCGACUGCCAGCGAGUGCAGCGGUGGGGUUUCGAGGCACCUCAAAAGAAGAUGCCUCCUAAGUCGAAGAAGGAGGCUCCAGUCGAGAGGCCGAUCCUCGGUAGAUUCUCCUCGCAUCUUAAGAUCGGUAUUGUCGGUCUACCCAAUGUCGGCAAGUCAACGCUCUUCAACACGCUCACGAAGCUCUCCAUCCCCGCUGAGAACUUCCCCUUUUGCACCAUCAACCCCAACGAGGCUCGCGUCAACGUGCCUGACGACCGCUUCGACUGGCUCUGCCAGCUCUUCAAGCCCAAGAGCGAGGUCUCCGCCUUCCUCGAGGUGAACGACAUUGCAGGGCUGGUGCGUGGAGCCAACGAAGGGGAGGGAUUGGGCAACGCCUUUCUCUCGCACAUCCGGGCUGUUGAUGGCAUCUUCCACGUCUGCCGUGCAUUCGAUGACGCGGACGUGAUUCACGUGGAGGAUACUGUUGAUCCCAUCAGGGACCUGGAAAUCAUUCACAACGAGCUGCGGUUGAAGGACGUUGAGUUCAUGGAGCGAGCGAGGGAGGACUAUGAGAAGCAGCUCAAGAGGAGCAACGACAAGCAGCUCAAGAUUGACCAUGAGCUCUGCUGCAGGGUGCUGGCGCAUCUGAAUGAGGGCAAGGACGUGCGGCUGGGCGAUUGGAAGGCAGCUGAUAUCGAGGUGCUCAACACCUUCCAGCUGCUGUCCGCCAAGCCUGUCGUCUACCUGGUGAAUCUGACUGAGAAGGACUAUCAGCGCAAGAAGAACAAGUGGCUUGCCAAGAUCCAUGGCUGGGUGCAGGAGCACGGGCAGGACCCCAUCAUCCCCUUCAGCGGUGUGUUGGAGUCGAAGCUGGCGGACAUGCCGGCUGACGAGGCAGCUAAAUACUGCAAAGAGAACGACAUCCAGAGUGCCCUUCCAAAGAUCAUCAAGACAGGGUUUGCAGCCAUCAACCUCAUCUAUUUCUUCACUGCAGGGCCUGACGAGGUGCGGUGCUGGCAGAUUCGCAAGCAGACUAAGGCACCACAAGCAGCAGGGGCCAUCCACACCGAUUUUGAGAAGGGAUUUAUUUGUGCAGAGGUCAUGAAGUUUGAAGAUCUAAAAGAGCUUGGAUCUGAAGCUGCCGUCAAGGCUGCUGGCAAGUACAAGCAAGAAGGGAAGACAUAUGUGGUUCAAGAUGGAGAUAUUAUCUUCUUCAAGUUCAAUAUUGCUUCACUGAGCAUCAGGUCAUCAGCAUGCCUUAAGUCCGACUUUGACGGCCGUGCUCUCACACUCUCCUCGCCUCUCGUCGCCGCGGCGCCCUCCAUCCGCCGCCGCGCCGCGGUCGCGUCAGCCGCUCCCCCAGCCGCCGCCGCCGCCGCGGUCUCCGCCGCAGCUCCCGCCGUCGCCGCGUCGCUAGCGCUCGAUGAUGACGUGGACGCGUCCAGCCGGCGGUACCCGCCAUUUGCGGCGUUCAGGAUCCACGGCACGGGCAGGAGAAAGACGGCCGUGGCGCGCGUGGGGCUCAUCGAGGGCAACGGCGAAAUUUUCGUGAACGGGCUGCCCCUGAAUGAAUAUUUCCAGAACCAGGCGCUCAUGAUCCAGGCUGUCAAGCUGCCUCUCUCAUCCCUGGGUUAUGAGGGCAAGUAUGAUGUGGUGGUGAAGGCACACGGAGGGGGCCUCAACGCCCAGGCGCAGGCCAUGGUUCUGGGGAUUGCCCGCGCUCUCGUUGCUGCCAGCGCUGCCAACCGCCCGCCCCUCAAGGCCCAGGGCAUGCUUACGCGUGAUGCCCGCUCGGUAGAGCGCAAAAAGUACGGGCUCAAGAAGGCCCGCAAGGCUCCUCAGUACUCCAAGCGUUAA